AUGGAAACCAUCAAGAAACGCGGAAGGCCCUCAACAGGCCCAAAAACUCCAAAAACCCCUUCAGGGAAUGGACGCGGUCGGCCAAAGAAAAUCGAAGACCCAACAAGCCCUAAGAAAGAUAAGAAGACGCCAGUCAAAGUAGUACUUCCCACUCCGAAAAAAGCAACGCCUAAGCCCAAGAAAGUAGCGGGAACUCCUGUCAAGAAAGCGUUGGAAAACGCUGAGGAGCCUGUGCGCCACCUUGGUCGUCCCUCGAAGAAGAAGCCAUACACGUAUGUGCCAACAGGACGCCCCCUGGGCCGUCCGCCAAGUGGCAACCCUUCGACCAAGCUGAACAUCAUUCGCACUGGCCGCAAGCCCGGACGCCCAAAGGCAAAGCGUGAGCCAUACGUGCCGACUGGACGUCCGCGUGGACGCCCAAAGGUAAAUCAGCUGGUUGUUGACGACUCUGAGGAAGUGGACGAAGAACCUGGGACUCCAAAAAAACGCGGUCGCCAGCAACUCGCCGACAACAUAAAGUCGCCGUCUCCCAGCAAGUUAAUUAAGCUUUUUUAA